AUGGAGAAGAAAUUAGCGGGUCUACAGGAACAAAUCAUGGCUAGAUCUGUCCCGUGUGAUGCGGAGCUUCAAGAACUAAUGCAUCAGAUUGACAUAAUGGUAAACAACAGGAAACGAGAAUGGGAAAAGAACAUGCAGGCUUUAGAAGUCAGGAUGACUAUCCGGGAUCAAGAACUGACAAAUACCCAAAGAAAGCUGGAUCAGAAAGGUCAAGAGGUUGGGCUGCUAAAACAGAAGCUGGACAGUUUGCAAAAGAAUAAACAUGAGAUGGCUCAGAAUUAUGACACGCAGCUUCAGGGCCUGAAAGCUCAAGAAUUUAAAGCUAAAUCAAAAGAGUGGGAUAAACAAGAGACCCUGUAUCAAAACCAUCUAGUUUCUUUAGAUGCUCAGCGGAAAUUGUUGUCUGAGAAAUGCAGUCUGUUUCAGAAACAAGCACAGAAUUGCCAAAGCCAGAUUUGUUGCCAAAAGCCAAACCAGAAGGAGGACGGCCCCUGCAGCCAGUGCAAAAUGGAGCACCUCGGCGUUCAACAGAAUGUUUUCACUGAGCCCACGGAAAGAAACGAAUUCUUCAUGGAGAAACUGAAGUCCACCGUGAGUGAAAUAGUGGUGAGCAGGAACAGGCUGCAAGAGGAAAACCUCAAGCUCCAGCAGGAAGUGAAAACAUACCAAAGAAAGUGCCAGAACUUCGAAGCCAGGCUUACAGAGAUGAAGAAUGAGCUGCAGUCCCGCGACGACCUCUUGAACAUGGUAGAACUGGAAUGCCAGCAGUUGCAGAAAGAAGUUGCCAAAAUGGAAGACUAUAAAAAUAAGGAAGGCAAUCAUGUGAAGCUUCAGUCGGCUUAUGCCCAGUGCAUCAAGGAACUGGAGACAAAAAAAGUGGAGAUGCAUGUCUUGGAACAGCAGUGCGAAAAUCAACAGAAAGAGCUAAACCAGAUAAGGGACCAUCUUUAUCAGGAAGCGCAGUCCCAUCGCUCUGAGGUGGAAAGAAUGAGGACCGAAAUCUCUGACCUGACAGAAGAGCUUCAUCAGAAGGAGAUCACUAUAGCAACUAUCACGGAGAAAGCUGCUCUUCUGGAAAGGCAGUUACAAAUGAAAUUAGAGAUAAAAGAGAAAACGUUAGGAAAACAACAGAUGAUAGAUUUGUAUGAGAAAGAACACAAGGCCAAUUCAGAUCCCGCUCAGACACUGGUGCACGAAGAUGAAAGUUUAUGCGACGAACUCAUUCAAUUGCCAGAGGACACCGAAGCAUCUUUCCUGGUGAACUCUGCUGCAUACUUCAGAAGGGAUUGUGCCAAACACACUGCGAUUAAAAUGCGAGAAAAGGAAGAGAGGCCAGUGCAGAAUGAAAGGGAAGGGACGCCACAGUCUGCAACUUACGAAGCCUUUGGCGGCUGCAGAACCCAAAUUCUUGCCUGGCAGGGCCAGGGGGAUAUUGUCGGUAUCGAAAGCCCUGCAAACCUGCCUCCUCCAAAACCAUGCAGAGAUCGUGAACCUACAGCAGACGGCAGAUCUCGAUCGCCACCAGAGAGAUAUCCUGCAUAUUACUGCAGUUACCUUCCUGAAAGAAAUCAGUCUGAUACGUCGCUCGGCCAUCUUCGUGUUAUAGAAGAAAGCCAGAUGCCUUCCCCGGAGACCUCGUUUCCUGCCACCGCGAUGGAGAAGUUCCUCCAAGAGGAGGAGAAGCGAGCGAGAGACUUCGAAAAGGUUUUAAACGUGCACAUCGAGGAGCUGCAAAGGCAGUCAGAGGACACCCUAAAGAAAUACGCCGGUCUCAAGCAAAGCUGGCAAAGAUGAGCCUGGGUGGUGGUGGAGAA